AUGAUAAUAAUACCCCCACCAGCUGGCAACUCAGGUUUCAUCCCCCCUUUCACGACUGUAGACACUAAUGACCCUUUGGAAAAGGACUUUACACUUCACGAAAUAAAACAAGCACUAAACUCAUGUCCCACACACUCUACACCAGGACCUGACAAGAUAAAUUACCAGGCCAUAAGGAACCUGGGAGAAAAAGCACUUCUCCGGCUGCUUGAAGCUUACAACGACAUAUGGAGAAGUGGUGACAUUCCAAAGGAGUGGAAAGUGUCUGAAAUAAAACCACUACUAAAACCAGGGAAACCACCCACCUGUUUACAAUCAUUUCGCCCAAUUGCGCUUGCCAGCUGCUUGGGGAAGCUGCUGGACAAGAUGGUUCAUGCACGACUUGAGUGGCACCUGGAACACAACCAAAAGUACCCAGAAAGCAUGACGGGUUUUAGAAAAAAUAGAAGCACGUUGGACUCAGUGAUGGACCUCGUCACAACAGUGCAACAUGAAAGAUCACUGGGUAACAUCACAGCGGCAAUCUUCCUUGAUAUAAAAAACGCUUUUAACAUGGUCACUGACAGCGCUAUCCUCUCAGCGGCCACUGCUACUGGUGUCCGGGGGCGGAUGUACAAUUACAUUAAAAGCUACAUUGAAAACAGAAGCAUAUACAUCAACACCCCCGAUGGUGCCAGCAGCCUGCACGAUGUUCACAGGGGUGUGCCGCAAGGGGGCAUCCUAAGCCCAACAUUAUUCAACAUGACACUAAUAACACUCCCAUCACAACUUGACAAGCGUAUCCGGCUCUCCGCAUUUGCUGACGAUGUAUGCGUAUGGACUGCACAUACCUGCGUGUCCGUAAUUUCGCGCCGGCUCCAGUCGGCUAUGUGUACGACAGAGCAUCAUCUAAAGCAGCGGGGCCUGGAAAUAUCGCAAGAAAAAACUGUCUUGUUACCAUUUACAAGGAAACUCUUUACAAAAGACCGUGUCUUCAUAGACAAGAAACCCAUACAGAUAGUCCCAUCUCACACAUUCCUGGGUGUGAAAAUAGACCGUUUCCUCACAUGGGGACCGGAAAUUGAGAAUAUAAAGCGAAAAACAGCACCAUAUAGCAAUGUCCUUCGCACACUGGCCGGACCCAAAUGGGGCCCAUCCGCACGGAUACUGAAACAGAUACACGAGGCACUCGUCGUAUCCAACAUACGCUACAGCCUUCCCCAACUUAAAGGGGCAUCACAAAAAAAUUUAACAAAGUUGGAUCGUAUCUAUGCAGCAGGGCUACGCACCAUCCUCGGAGUGCCACAGGCUACAUCACUCCAUGGCACAAUUGAAGAACACGGAGGGCCCACUCUCUCAGCAUUACAAACAGCUGAGAUAAUGAAACUGCACUUGCGACAUAAGGCCAGACACGUUGACCACCCACUUGGCCGAAUCCACACUGACCGCCCUGGAUCUCAUCUGGGAAGGGCCAUACAGGAGCUUCAAAAACACAUUCCCAAAAACUACAAACAAGCCGCGGCUAACAACAUCCCGCCAUGGCUGCUCGUUAGACCACACACACAAACAACCAUACCUGGUAUAAAGAAAAAACCGGAUACGUCCAAUCUAGUCAUCAGACAGUUUGCCCUGGAACACCUGGAGGAGGUCAGCAGCCACGCCAGGGUCAUUUACAGCGACGGGUCCACGGCGAAGGCGUCUUCCACAGCAGCAGUCUACAUCCCUGAAAAGGAGCACGAAAUUAAACACCGGCUCAGUCACAAAACGUCAUCCACGGCAACUGAGUUGCGUGCCAUUUUCACGGCACUCGAAUACAUACAAACUACAGAACCAAGAAACUGGGCUGUUUUCACCGACUCUAAGCCUGCCAUAAUGGCCAUCGCAAACCCCAAAGAAAACAACACACUGGUCAGCGACAUCCUGACCACUCACACACAGUUACGCAAUAAGGGCCACGCCAUAUCCAUCCACUGGAUACCAGGGCACUGCGACAUCCCAGGAAACGAACGAGCAGACAAAGCGGCUAAAGCAGCUCACACGCUAACAGAGAUACCACCAAUUCCACUGACAAAACAUGACGCUGCAGUAAUAGCGAGAACAGCAGCGAACGAAGUAAUGCUAAAGGAAAUGAGAAAUACAAGCACAAGAGACAAAAGGCUCCAAAGACUGGACAAACAUGGGACGCACACAGGACACAAAAACAUGCAUAGAAAAGAUGCGACUCUCCUACACAGGCUCCGCCUUGGAGUGGCAUACACAAAGGCGCAAAACUUCAAACUUGGGAGAACAACCAGCCCAUUGUGCACAACGUGCGGGGAACCGGAAGACGUGUCACACAUUUUUUUAAACUGCCUAAAAUACGACUCACAAAGACAAGACUUGCAGCAAUCGCUGUCCAAACUUGAUGAUCACCCUCUAACACUACGCAAAAUACUAGGCUCUUGGCCCACACAUAAGCAAAAUGUUACAGCGGCCAAGGCAGCGCUAAAGUACCUGGCCGACUGCCAACUGCACGACCUCUAA